UGCGUGGGAUAAUGCAGGGGAGCGAAACAACCAAACGGUGUAAAUUCUCUCCAACUGUUUAUGUGACUUUUAUUAUGAGAGAGAAGGUAUGAGCUGAUCACAGGCAAAUGCAGGAUUAGACGGAACUAUUAUCAACCGGCGUUCAAAUUGGAACUUAAAAAUCACUCCAAAGCGCAGUAUUGCAGAAAAAGUCUUCUGAUUCUCUGUGUUUCAUCUGUAACAUCAAAUAUCUAUCAUGGUUAAAGAAAAGAUUCAUAUCAACAUCGUGGUUGUCGGCCACGUCGACUCCGGGAAAUCUACCACUACCGGUCAUCUCAUCUACAAGUGUGGUGGAAUCGACAAACGUGCCAUCGAAAAGUAUGAGAAGGAAGCUGCCGAGAUGGGAAAGGGAUCUUUCAAGUAUGCCUGGGUUCUCGACAAGCUGAAGGCGGAACGUGAGCGUGGUAUCACCAUCGACAUUGCUCUCUGGAAAUUUGACACAGAGAAGUUCAAAAUCACUGUCAUUGAUGCUCCUGGCCAUCGUGAUUUCAUCAAGAACAUGAUUACUGGAACCUCACAGGCCGACUGUGCUCUGUUAAUCGUAGCUGCCGGUGUUGGCGAGUUCGAAGCUGGUAUCACCCAGAAUGGGCAGACUCGUGAGCAUGCCUUGCUGUGCUAUACUUUGGGAGUCAAACAACUCAUCGUCUGUGUGAACAAGAUGGAUAGUUCGGCGCCCCCGUAUUCCGAGAGCCGUUUCAAUGAGAUUGUAAAGGAAGUCACUGCCUAUAUCAAAAAAGUGGGCUAUGAUACCAAGGCUAUCCCCUUUAUUCCCAUCUCUGGAUGGCACGGUGAUAACAUGCUUGAGCCUUCUGCAAAUAUGCCUUGGUUCAAGGGGUGGAAGAUAACACGUAAGGCUGGAGACGCAAGUGGAAUUACCCUUUUUCAAGCACUUGAUGCCAUUGUACCCCCUUCGAGGCCAACAGAGAAGCCUCUUCGACUUCCUCUCCAAGAUGUCUACAAGAUUGGAGGUAUUGGAACUGUUCCAGUCGGUCGUGUUGAGACAGGAAAGUUGAAACCUGGUAUUGUUGUUACUUUUGCCCCACCCAAUAUCACUACUGAAGUGAAGUCUGUUGAGAUGCACCAUGAAUCACUACAAGAGGCUUUGCCAGGUGACAACGUUGGUUUCAAUGUCAAGAACGUCUCAGUAAAGGAUAUCAAGAGGGGUAAUGUCUGCGGAGACAGCAAGAACGACCCUCCAAAGGAAGCAUCGGAAUUUAAGGCACAGGUAAUCAUCAUGAACCAUCCUGGACAGAUUCAUUCUGGCUAUGCCCCGGUUUUGGAUUGCCACACUGCUCACAUUGCCUGCAAGUUUCAAGUACUCCUAGAGAAGAUCGACCGUCGAUCAGGCAAGGUUAUCGAGCUAAACCCAAAGUCUGUGAAGUCCGGUGACGCAGCCAUUGUUACAAUGGUUCCUCAAAAGCCGAUGGUGGUCGAGAGCUUCGUGGAAUAUGCUCCUCUUGGUCGGUUUGCUGUACGCGACAUGAAGCAGACCGUUGCUGUAGGUGUGGUGAAGGCUGUCGAGAAGAAAGAAUCGACAGGCAAGGUGACCAAGUCUGCUCAGAAGGCUACUGGCAAGAAGAAGUAAUAGCCCGAUGCAUUCUACAUCAUGUACAUGUUCUACGGAAUGCCAAGGUGGGGGUAUGCGCUUUACCAAGAAGGUCAAUCCCGGGGUUCAAUCGCUCAACAGUAAUCAAGAAACAUCAUAAUUGCAUUAAAAGUCAAGUUCACUCCAGAAAAAUGUUCAUUUGAAUCAAGAGAGAAAAAUU